CUCCCUCUCUUAAUCACACACAUUACACAUACACACACAAAUCCAAAACAAUGGCAACCAGGGUUCAUUCUUCUUUCUCAACUUCCAUGUUUUUGCUAUUCGCAUUGCUCUUGCAACUUCAUUCUGGUACAAGUGAACUUCAGUUGAAUUACUAUGCACAAAGUUGUCCAAAAGCAGAGGAGAUCAUCAAGCAAGAAGUAAUCAGCUUGUACAACAAACAUGGAAACACUGCAGUGUCAUGGCUCAGAAAUCUCUUCCAUGACUGCAUUGUAAAGUCAUGUGAUGCGUCUCUCUUGCUGGAGACAGUAAACGGCGUGGUAUCAGAGCAGGCAUCAGAGAGAAGCUUGGGCAUGAGAAACUUCAAGUAUGUCAGCACUAUCAAAAAGGCUGUAGAGACUGCCUGCCCAAUGACUGUCUCUUGUGCUGAUAUUGUUGCUCUCUCUGCUAGAGAUGGCAUUGUCAUGCUAGGAGGACCCCGAAUUGAAAUGAAAACAGGGAGGAAGGACAGCAGAGAAAGUUAUGCAGCAGCGGUUCAAGACCUCAUUCCCAAUCACAACGCUUCCACUUCAUCUGUGCUUUCUUCAUUCCAAUCAAUCGGACUCGAUGUGGAAGGAUCUGUUGCUAUUUUAGGAGCCCACUCGGUGGGCCGAGUUCACUGUGUCAACUUAGUCCACAGACUCUACCCGACAGUUGACCCGACUCUAGAUCCGACAUACGCGGAGUAUCUAAAAAAACGCUGCCCGACACCAGACCCGGAUCCAAAGGCAAUACUAUAUUCAAGAAAUGACCGUGAAACACCGAUGAUAAUUGACAACUUUUACUACAAGAACAUUUUGAAACACAAGGGACUGCUCAUAGUGGACCAACAAUUGGUUUCUGAUCCAACCACUCUGCCUUACGUGCAGAAGAUGGCAGCUGAUAACGGCUACUUCUAUGACCAAUUCGCUAAGGCCGUGCUCGUGUUAUCAGAGAAUAAUCCUCUGACUGACGAUCAGGGAGAGAUUAGAAAGGAUUGUCGCUAUCUUAAUAGCAACUAAGAAAAUCUAUCUUGAUUGGCUCUCAAGUUUCAAUUUGUAUUAAUUGAACCAAAUCUCAAGUGUGUGCAUAAUAAACUGUCAAGUUUGAUAGUCUUGUAAGAAAAAUGACACUCAAAUUUGAUGAAUAUA